GGGGCGCCGUAGUUUACGGAAGAGGUGCGACAGUUGCUUCUCCCUUACGGCCGAUGAUGACAUGUCAACAACAGUCAUGGCAACCAGCAGCAACUACUGGGAAGAUUUACGUAAGCAGGCCAGGCAGCUGGAGAAUGAGCUGGACCUCAAGCUGGUCUCCUUCAGCAAGCUCUGCACGAGUUACCGCAGCAGCGGCCAUGACCAGCAACCGAGAGACAGCAGGUCCGAGUCGUUUGGCCCGUUCCAAGACAACAUGCUCAAGGCCAUGACCUCUGAAGUGGAGCAGCUCUUGACUAAACUUUCGGCGGUCAAUGACAAAAUGGCGGAGUACACAAACACCCCUGGAGCUUUGUCGCAUAACGCAGCACUAAUGCACACCUUACAACGGCACAGAGACAUCCUACAGGACUACGCACACGAGUUUCAAAAAACCAAAAGCAACUUCCUCACCCUCCGGGAGCGAGAGGACCUGCUGGGCUCUGUUCACAGAGACAUUGAAUCCUACAAGAGCAGCACAGGGGUGAACAACAGGAGGACCGAGAUCUUUCUGAAGGAACAUGAACAUCUCAGGAACUCCAACAGUCUCAUCGACAACGCGAUAAGCAUCGCCAUGGCUACGAAGGAGAACAUCACAUUUCAGCGUGGGAUGUUGAAGUCCAUUCAAACCAGGGUCACAACUCUGGCCAAUCGUUUCCCUGCUAUCAACAACCUCAUCCAGAAAAUCAAUUUGCGCAAGAGGAGGGACUCUUUAAUCCUAGGUGGAGUGAUUGGCAUCUGCACCAUUCUGCUUCUGCUCUACACUUUCCACUAAAUAUCGACUGUAACGCGGAUCGUGCGCCGUCAAGAGAUUUGAAUGCUUUCCUGUAUUGUAACUAAGAGAGAUUUUCCCUAAAAGAUGUUUAAUUUUUACAUUGCUGCUUUUUUUUUUUCUUGUAAUGUUAACACUAUGAAUGCAUAAGGAGAUUUAAAUGGGAUUGUAUACUGUUGAUGUACAUUUUUUUUUUUUUGUUUCUUAAUUAAAAGGUGGUGAGCUUUCAGAUCGGU